ACCUGAGUUCACUGUGGAACGCACCUGAUGUGUGGAAAGGACAAGCGGGAGAGAUGCAGAAGCUGAGGGAUGAGGUGACACAUCUGGCUGCAGAAAUCCGCUCUAUAAAGAAGGAAGUUCAGCAAAUGAGAGAGGCAAUAUCUGAGCCCGUGGAGGUGCCUGACUGGGCUCUCAAAAGCACAGGGUGUACCAUCAACCUGCAGAGAUCAUCCAGCACCUCUGCAUGUCUCAGGAGGGUGUUUUGGUCCCUGUUUAGACAACCCUUUGAGGAUACCUUUGUGCAGCCUGAUGCUUCCCCAGGGUACUGCUGGAAAAUGCAACAGUCUCAGAGCGAAGUGCUAAUCCGACUGCCCACAGAAGUACAACCAACGGCCAUCACCUUACAGUACUGCUCAAAGACAGCCACUUCACUGGUGACUGUCAGUAGUGCACCCAAGGAUUUCACUGUCUCUGGACUGGAUGAGGAAGGCCAGGGCGAAACUCUGCUGGGGUCUUUCCUCUACAGCGUGCAGAAAGAGCCAACUCAGACCUUCCCUCUGCAGAAUGGCAUCCCCAGAGCCUUUCGACUUCUGAAACUCAGCAUACAGAACAACUGGGGUAAACCAACAUACACCUGCAUUUAUCGAGUGCAGGUGCAUGGGAAGAUGGUGGAGACAAAUGUGAUCGGAAAGACUGACGUGGAGACCUUCCCUCAGUAAGAACUAAAGAGGAAAAUGGAGGAACA